UAAUAUUUGUUCUUAUCAUUUUCGCGCUUUCGUAUUCGUAAUAAAUCACGAACGAAUAACGAAUGACGAGGCGACGUGAUACGUUUGACUUUACAGCGCGAAUCUAAAUUGUUCUGCUUUCGCGGUCAUUGGCCACAGGAUAUCGUUAAAAAAACGAUCGUUUGACGAAAGAAGAAAGCGAAAUUGUAUUUUUAUUCAAAUCACUGAAGGUUCGCGAUCUCCUCUUCGCGUUUCACAAUCGCGAGUAUGUUUCACUCUCACGUCCGAGUCCUAACGUUUCGACGCGUACUUUUUUCAUCGUAAAAGCCCGCGUAUCGAGUCGUUUGCGCAAAGAACCAUCGAUCCUCUUAUCUUAUCAGCGAAACGUACAAAGAUGAUCCGUAAAAUGUCGCGAGAAGUUCUGUCGCCGGGUGUCGGUGAAACGUUUAAAGAUUCGUAAAAUAGUGGCGAAAGAGAAAUAUCACGAGGAAAUUAAAGGAACGUGGAUCAUGUUGACGAAGAGCAUAAACAGAGCGAGAAUAUCGGGCGCCACGCGUAUUCAAAGCAUCCGGAAGAGAACGUGUGCGCAGAAGUAACGAUAUUAACAUUCACGGACCCUUUCAAAGCGUUGCGCAAUUAUAAUUUCACAAACGCGCGUGAAAUCGUACGAACUGUUGUCGAUCGAUAAAAUAACACGGUCGUUCUUCGUUUAUUGCUUCACUUGCGAACGCGUUGAAAGAGAUGGCAACGAACGAAUAGCGUUGAAAGUCGAAACGAAACGAAACGAAACGAACGUUAUAUCGAUAUUUACUCUGCUUGUGACAUUGGUCAUCCUCGAGUCGUUGACCUUCUCUAUUCUUCAAGUCUACGCGUAUCUCUCGUUUUCCCGUUAACAUUAGACAAAUUUGCAUCGUCAACGUUAGAUUAACAUCUAUCAAGAGCCGUACUUGCGGCAACUCUCAGCGAUCUAUUGGAUCUAAAUUUAGCACUGUCAACGCCCAACAUCGGAUAUUUCCAAUUCUCUGUUUCAGUGGCUUUCAACUCAACCAUCGAGAAAACUUACGGAGGAAAAAUUGUCAGAGCACGGAACGUUAUGGCACAGAUUAAUACCAACGUCGGAUGUUAUUAACUUUCUAUGGAAUUCGACGAUCAAUCGACAACAACGUACGACCGGCGUAAUUACGAGCUUAAAUGGAAAAAACGAAACCUACACGAACACAUGUAUCGCCAGCUACUUAAUUGCUAUAACGCGUGCUCUACUCUGCACGCGUUACGUGUAUUUUCAUAGUACGCGCACUCUGCAAAUCUUCGCCUCAUCGAACCUUCCACAAACGCGAGAAAAAAUCCUCGAUCUACGUGCAACAAAACGAAUUCUACUUCUCGCCAAGUAAACGAAUUACUUCCGUGCCACGGACGUUUCCUUCCUGCAGUUGCAGUAGCGAUAAGACAGCCUCCAGCGAUCAAUCUGCCCCUUUGUUCUGCCAGUAAAUUAUCUCGAGCCAGGAGCAACGCGAUUGAAUCGCUGUGUUGAUCGAUGAUAAGCUGUGACCAGAUCGCCUAUUCGCGUACCCGCACAGAGAGGAGUAGGGUGAGAUUGCGCGUUACCCGGAAGUGGCAGGGAUAUUGGUGUCGGUGAUACGCGUCCGUAGCCGAUGGAGAAAUAAGAAGAAACGCGGGAAACAGAAAGCGAAACGGGCGCAGCGAAGGUUUAGGCGGUGAGACAGUAUCGGCAGUCCCGUGGAAGAAAAGCGGCGAUAGCAGAGCGAGCAAGCGAGAAAGAAGUUUCGGCGAAAGGGGGGUGGGGGUUGUGAAAUGCAAGCAAGGAUGCAGAGGUGGUGUGGCAGGCGAAUCAGGACCAGUUUCAGGUCUGCGUUCACGUCAUACCCACGUUGCUACGUGCUGUCGACGGAUCGGAAGAGAAGGAAGAAGAAGAAGAAGAAGAAGAAGAAGAGGAGGAGAAACGGAGGAGUAGCGUGUUUUGGGCCAUUGUGCUUUGAUCAAGGGUUUAGAGGCGAAGGAAAAAGAGAGAAAAUAAAAAAAAUUGAAAAAGGACCAUGUUUCUUCGAGUGUUUUUCCUUUUGUUGGUCAGUGUGGUGACCUUGAGCAGAGCACAGUUUCGGUGUCCCGAGCCAAAGGGUUUCUUCUCGGAUCUGGAACAGUGCGAUCUUUAUUACGCUUGCAUAGACGGCAAGGCGGAGGAGAAGCUGUGCAAAGACGGCCUCGUCUUCAGAGACGACAACCCUAAGAAGGAACUCUGUGAUAUUCCAGCUAACGUGCCUUGCGGUGACAGGACUCUCCUUCAGGAACCACAGCCGAGCAAAGGAUGUCCACGAGCUAAUGGCUACUUCAAACACGAGGAUCCAACCGCUUGCGAUCGUUUCGUGAAUUGCAUCGAUGGUGUGGCGCAAACAAUGCCCUGUCCGCCUGGUCUGAUCUACGAAGACAAAAUGUCCAGCUGUGUCUGGCCAGCAGAUGCCAGUAGAUUGUGCGAGAACGUGAAGAGAGACGUUCUCGACGAUGGAUUCGUUUGUCCCGAUGGCGAUGUGCCCGGACCACUCGGCAGGAUUCUACCCCAUCCUACCUAUCCUCAUCCGGAGGAUUGUGCCAAGUUCUACAUUUGCAAAAAUGGCGUGGUGCCGCAGAAAGGACAAUGCGAGCCUGGUACCGUUUACAGCGAGGACAGCUUCAAGUGUAUGGAUCCGGAGAGCGUGCCUGGAUGCGAAGACUACUACAAAAACAAGAACUGAAUAAAGACAAGGUGCCAGUUACUCAGCGAUCACGUCUGUAACGCUUAAUUUUUUACACUUAGGAACAAUAAACCCGUGAUACACUUA